GGGUCCUGGCGGUGUGCAAAACGCGCCAAGUUUCCCGUUGGCGGAGAGAUCGGGAUUAGAGUCACCCAAUAUAAUCUCUCUAGCAUCCGGGAGUAGUACCCACUGCUCCCCGCCGCUCCUGCACCUCUCCCUCUGGGACCUGAGAGAACGAGACGAUGUAGCGGGUGAGGAGAUGCGGCCGUGGCCGUCAUGAGUAGUCAAGUGGGGAAGUAGCGGAGGGCAUGAGUGGAUGUGCGCAUUCCCUUCCAACAGGCGGACAGUAUUUACUGUGCUUAUGUGUGAAAUUUAUAUUUCGCCUUUCCUGCGAGGAGCACAAAAGGCACAGGAGCCUCCUCUCCUACGUUAUCCUCACAACAGCCUUGUGAGGGAGGGAAAAAUGCCAGGUGUGUUGCCCAGUGACAGUACUGGACUUUCAAGAAGCACCCCAAUGAAAAAAAGCAGAUUGUCACUGAAGUUUUUUCAGAAAAGAGAAACAAAAAGAGCCCUGGAUUUUGCAGAAACAACAGAAAAUGAACAAAAGACUUCAGAAUAUGAAUGUUCUAAAAUUGAUCAAGUAGUUCCUGCAGCACAGCUGUUUUCUCCUAUUUACUGUGAGAAGAAAAACAACAUGCUGCCUUUUGUGGGCUUAAACAACCUUGGGAACACUUGUUAUCUUAACAGCAUACUUCAGGUGCUUUAUUUUUGUCCCGGCUUUAAAAUUGGAGUUAAACAAUUAUUUAAUAUAAUAUCAAACAAGAAGGACAACUUAAAGAAUGAAAUUGAUAAGGGAACCAUUAAAGAAGAUUCUCUUGCAAGCUGUGAACUGGUCUGCAGUUUACACUCUUUGAUUAUUUCAGUUGAACAGCUUCAGGCCAGCUUUCUGUUAAAUCCAGAUAAAUAUACAGAUGAACUUGCUACUCAACCGAGAAGGCUACUAAACACACUCAGGGAGCUCAACCCCAUGUAUGAGGGAUAUUUACAACAUGAUGCCCAAGAAGUAUUACAGUGUAUAUUGGGGCACAUCGAAGUAACAUGUCAGCUCUUGAAGGAAGCAAUAAAACCCAAAUCUCUAGAAGAACCUAUAGAUGAACCAAGAAAAAACUGUUAUCCAGAUAUGGACAGUAUUGGCAUUGAUGUGGAAGAUGGUGGUAUAGUGCAUGACCAAGCUAUAAAGGAAUGUGAAGAUAAAGCUAAUGGAAAUGCAAAGAGAAAAAGUGAUAUGGAAGGUGGCAAUGAAAAGAAAAAAUACAAAAUCUCCAAAGAGAAAACUGGAGUAGGAGAAAACCUGAGACAGACCCGCUCAAAGAGAAAAGUACUGGUAGAAAAACAGGAGAAUCAAACUGAAAUUACCAUUAAGCAUUUCAUUGAAAGUGAAAAUAUAAAGCCAACUCAUAAAAAAUCAAGACUUCGAUUAAAUUGGUUAAAAUCUUCAACCAACCAACCUAGCAUUCUGUCUAAAUUUUGUAGUCUGGGCAAACUGAGAACAAACUUGGGGUACAAAGACCUGAAUAAAGAAAUUGAUGGCUGUGAAUUUACAGAUCAUUUCAACUGUGAAAAUAGUAACCAAACAAGAGAAGAACAUUGUGAUCCAUCAUCACCUGUGGAAAUUACUGUUGAAAAAGGGAUUGAAAAACAAUGCAAGACAGAGUUAGCCGUUUCCAGUUUAGUGGAAAGACUCUUCCAGGGUCAGUUGGUAUUGCGAACAAGAUGUUUAGAGUGUGAGUGUUUCACUGAGAGAAGAGAAGACUUUCAAGAUAUCAGUGUACCAGUUCAAAAAGAUGAACUCACAAAAGUGGAAGAGAAUUCUGAAAUUUCCCCAGAGCCUAAAACAGAAGUGAAGACUCUCAAAUGGGCAAUUUCACAGUUUGCUUCUGUGGAGCGAAUUGUGGGAGAAGAUAAAUAUUUCUGUGAAAACUGUUGCCAUUACACAGAAGCAGAACGUAGUCUUCUAUUUGAUAAAAUGCCUGAAGUUAUAACAAUCCACUUGAAGUGCUUUGCUGCUAGUGGUUUAGAGUUUGAUUGUUAUGGUGGGCUCUCCAAGAUAAACACUCCUUUACAGACACCACUCAAGCUGUCCUUGGAUGACUGGAGCAUAAACCCAGCCAAUGAAAUCUAUGGAUUAUUUGCUGUAGUGAUGCACAGUGGCGUUACUAUCAGCAGUGGGCACUACACAGCCUCUGUUAAACUUACAAAUCUUGCUAGCUUAGAAUUAGACAAAUAUAAUUUCAUCAGUGAUCCUGUUUGUCCAGAGCCAUCGAAUGAAGAAGCUAGAGCUGUCACUGAAGACUAUGAUGAUGGUGAGGUAUCUUUUAGAAUCAGUGGAAAUGCCCAAGCAAAUAAAGGAUUGAACAAAAAGAAUAUAGAAGCAGUUGGGCUUCUUGGAGGACAAAAAAGCAAAUCCAGUUGUGAUUUGCCCAGUAGCAAAGCAACACAUUCUGAGAAGAUGACUAAUGUCACUGGAAUGAAACAUGCUAACUGCAACCAUGCUAAAAGUAUCAUGGAGCCUGAACAUUGUGAGCAGACUGGUACUGUUUCUAAUGGACUAGAAAAUAAAGUAAUGCACAUAAUGCAGAGCCUGAAAGAAUAUGAGGGAAAGUGGCUACUUUUUGAUGAUUCUGAAGUGAAGGUCACAGAGGAAAAAGACUUUCUUGACUUGUUGUCCCCCAUUUCAUCAUCUGCAUCUACUCCAUACCUGCUAUUUUAUAAGAAAAUUGCAGAGUGAUGUUGUAUUUUCACUAUGUAAAUAAUAGCUUUGCAUCAGAUCAGCACUAAAGAACAUCUGCUUACAUUUUUGUGACUAAAGAAUUAAAUCCACUAGUCUAUUCAAUUUUGUAAAAAUGAGACUUCUUUUUAAACUGGAUAAUUCACCUACAGAUUCUAGACAGAGUACUAUUGUAAUACAAACCUGUAUAUUUCUUGAGGAAUAAAUGAUAUCCUAACAAUACAGUAGCAUAUAAAAUUGUUUCUAAUUUUAAUCACACUACUUGUAUAUUAGUUUUUUUUAAAUAAAAAUUAUUUGUAUUCAUGUUCUGAA